AUGCAGAGUUUACAGAAGGUAAUGGAUUUCUGCAUCCUCCACCAGACCACUCUGAGUUGCAGCCUCGUGUCCCUGCUGACGGCUGGCAGCGAGUACAUCUUCUCAUCUGUGGUGUUCAAGUGUCCCUGCAACUCUGGAAACAUGCUGUAUGGUUAUUCCUUCCUCUUAGCACCUGCCUUUGUCCUCUUGCUGCUCGGCUUCAUGACGAGCACCAGGACAUGGCUCCUGCUUACAGGCACCUGCUCUCUGGAGAAGCAUCCCCAAUGCUGUUCCGGCAGAUCCUGGGCCAGUUUCUUCCAGGUGUUGGUGCCGAUGACAGUCAAGGCCUCGGUGGCCCCGCUCACCUGGAUAGCGGUGGCCCUGCUCGGAGCCAACUUCUACGAGUGUGCGGCCACUGGGAGCAACAUGACAGCACACCUCUUCUGUAAAAAUAAUACAAUUUACAACCAAGAGCAGCUGUACAAAAUGCCCUGUGAUAAGGAGUUAGCAGCAGAGAUGUCGGAUGCAUGCCUCAGCUUUCAAGCACAGUCACAGCUGAUAGGAUGGUUCCUGAUAGGCAGCAUCAUAACUGUGGCACUGAUUUCAACAUGUGUCACCUACUGCUACUCCCCGGUCAGCUAUCUUCAGUUCAACUUCUGGAAAAUGUACUCAAAAAAAGAACGUGAACUCUUUGAGAUAAAAGCCAAUGAGCAUGCAAACAAGCUAGCAGAAAGAAAUACAAAUUGCUUUUUUGAAGCCACUGACCCAGCACCAUUUUAUACACCCAGGAACACAGACUGGCAGAAGAUUUCAAUCUUUCAUACCUUUAAUUCACAAGAGCAGUAUUACAGCAUGAUACACAAGUAUGCGAGCACCAAGAGAUGCAACAAUACUGGAUUUGAAAACAAAGGUCAGGAUCUCGACUGUUUAGAAGACCAGGCAACCUUAUGA